GCUGAAGGGAGGGCGGUCUGGGUGAGCCUCGUGCUGCACCGGGGCCCCCAGGGCCGCCGGUAUGUCGGUGCUUCGGCUGAGGGCUUCGCUGCUGAGCCGGGGGGCGUCGGGGCUCGGCCGAGCCCUGCGGCCCGAGGGCUGCUCCUGCCCUGGUCCGGAGAAAGGGGUCUCGUGGACAUGGGGCAGAAGAUACUCCGUCAAUGCUCCAGAACGGGACAGGAGGAGGGACGCGGGGCAGGUGGAACUGCUGGAAGUGCUAGAGGCCCGAGUAAGACAACUCCAGACUGAGUAUGUAUCCGAAGUCACAGUGAAUCGAGUGGAAGUGGCCCCAGUGAGGACGGGCAACCAGAAGGACUUGCAGGCCCUUGGAUUGGUGGAGGACAGAGCCAAGGGAGACACUGGCAGUGCAGCCCAACCGGUGGGUAAGACCCCCAGCCGGUGGGUGGAGAAGCUCUCUCAAGAAAAGAGUGAUUUGCACAAGAGACAGCAGGACCUGGAAGUCAGGCUCAAGAACCAGACCUUUUGUGAAUCCAUGAUAAAGAAGAGAGAGAAAGCGAUUCUUGCCAGAAAAUCAAAAGUAAAAUUUAUCAAACAGAUACUCAGUAUUGAGAAAGAGAAAGCCACAAAAGGGAGGCCACAAAACAAUGAAAGCCAGGAGUCUUUUAUAAUGGCCGAGGAAAUUCUGACUCAAAGUAAAACUGAUUUUGAUGACUUGCCCUCCUUUGUGCCUGAUAUAUCUAAACAUUCCAGAAAGCAGGUUUUCCUUCUGGCUUGUCUGGAGUGCUUGCUCUCCCUGAAUCGUCUGACGGAGGCCAAUCAACUGUUUUUUUCCUACUCUAAUCACAAAAGAGGACAAGGAAAGCUGCUGACUCUGCCCAUGUACAAUUGCCUCUUGAAAGCUUGGGCCAAGCAGGGUUUCUUGCAUCAAAUAAGCAACUUGUUUUACAUGAUGAACGAGUCAGGGCUGACACCUGACUUGGUUUCCUAUGCUUCAGCCCUGGAGUGUAUGGGUCGAGUAAAUGCAGACCUGGUGAUCAUCAAGAGCUGUCUGAAUCAGAUGGCGCAGCAGGGCCUGAGCCCAGAGAGGCUUUUCCAGGAGCUGAUGCUCCCCAAACAGGAGCGGAUGAUGGUGUUGAGAGCCGUCCAGAAAGCGGAGCCUGACUUCUCGCCCUCCCUGGACUGCUCCUCCAGUAACACCAUUUCUCCCCUGCUUAAAGACUUCUACUCCAAGAAGGCUGUGUCCUACCCGAAGCUGCCGCUGCCACUGUCGGAGCUACAGGAGUGCUUCCAGCAGCAGCUCCAGGUGGAGUCUGCCAUGACAAUCACCAUUGACUCAGUGGAGAACAGACCAUUGACGAGCCAGAAUCACCUCGCGAGAAAUCUUCUCAAGGACCUUAAAUCCCAGUGGGAGGAGGCCUUGAUGAAAACAUUCAAGAAGACCAAAGCCCACAUGAGUAAACAGAAACAGCAGGUCAGCCUCUACCCCUUCCUGUGCCUGCUAAAGAACAAGGAUUAUGUGGACCUCAUGUUGCAGGCUCUCUUCAACUUGCCUCCACAUGGAGAUUCCUUAAUCCACUUAGUUAUGGAUCUUGGGAUGAAGGUUUACAAUAAGAAUUUAAUCCAGAUGAAGAUGAAUCCCUUUGUAUUAGAUGAAUUAAAGAGAAAGUAUAUGAAUUAUUUACAUCUUUUGGCCAAGGACACUCAGCUGGACUCCUGCCUGCCCCGGGAGCACUGGGAAGCCUUGGAGUCCGAAACCACCAUCUCCUCCGAUUUCUUCAUCCAAGAGAAAGUCUGGCCAGAUGUGGUGUUGGUGCAGCUGGGAACACAACUUGUUGAGAUCUUGGUGCAGUCUAUCCGCAUGCCCACCAACUUGUUCUCCUCCCAGGCGGAGAAGAAACUUAUCCCUGUGCUGUAUCACGUUUACUCUUUCCUCUCCGUAAAGCAGAUUGGUUUCAUUAAGCCCCACCCAUCCUUCAGUCAGCUGGUGGCCGACGCUGCUUACACCAAGCUGACCUUUGACUCUUCUGUCAUGCCCAUGCUGUGCCCUCCCAUGCCCUGGACCUCACCUCACUUUGGGGCCUACAUCCUCCACCCCACCAAGCUGAUGCGCUGCCUGGACGGGACCGUGCAGCACCAGCAGCUCCUGGAGAGCUGCCCUAAACAGCACUUGCACGCGGUGCUCGAUGCCCUCAAUCAGCUGGGUAACUGUGCCUGGAAGGUGAACCAGCCCGUGCUGGACCUCAUCAUCUCCAUUUUCAAUUCUAAAGGCAGCAAGAAGCUGGAUGUGCCCCCGCCCCUCUCGGAGGCCCCCGCCCCCCCUUCCUACCAGCUCUCCAAAGACGCCAGCUCUUCCGAAAGGGCGAGGCUGCGGCGGGAGAUUGCCCAGUGCCACAAGACCACCCGGGAGAUGUACAGCCUGCGCACAGACGCCCUGUACAAGCUGUCCAUCGCCCACCACCUGCGGGACCAGAUCUUCUGGUUCCCCCACAACAUGGACUUCCGGGGCCGCACCUAUCCUUGUCCACCACAUUUCAACCACCUGGGCAGUGACAUGACCCGGGCUAUUUUGCUGUUUGCGGAGGGCAAGCCCUUGGGGCCCAAUGGCUUGGAUUGGUUAAAGAUUCACCUCAUCAACUUGACGGGGCUUAAGAAGAAAGAGUCUCUGCGCGCCCGGCUGGCCUACGCCAAUGAGAUCUUGGAGGACAUCCUGGACUCGGCAGACAAUCCCCUGACCGGAAGGCAGUGGUGGAUGGAUGUUGAUGAGCCCUGGCAGGCCCUGGCCUGCUGCAUGGAAAUCGCCAGGGCCGUUCGGUCACCAGAUCCUGAAGCUUACAUCUCCCAUUUCCCCAUCCACCAGGACGGUUCCUGUAAUGGGCUUCAGCAUUAUGCAGCUUUGGGCCGAGAUGUCAUCGGAGCCACCUCUGUCAACCUGAUGCCCUGUGACGUUCCCCAGGAUGUCUACAGUGUGGUGGCCCAGAUGGUGGAAGAGCUGCGCAAAAGAGAUGCUGCUGCAGGGAGAUCGAUAGCCCAAGUCCUGGAGGGCUUCAUUAGCCGCAAGCUGGUCAAGCAGACGGUGAUGACGGUGGUCUACGGGGUGACGCACUAUGGUGGCAGGCUGCAGAUUGAGAAGCGCUUGAAGGAGCUGGACACGUUCCCUAAGGAGUCUGUGUGGGAAGCCUCCUUUUACGUCUCCCAGCUGGUCUUCAGUAGCCUCAGUGAGAUGUUCUCGGGAACCAGAGAAAUCCAGGACUGGCUCACAAAAAGCGCGCACUUCAUCUCCAAGUCAGGCUCCACCGUGCAGUGGGUCACGCCUCUGGGCCUCCCCAUCAUUCAGCCGUAUCACAAGACCCAGAAAAUCGUUAUCCCCGGGAGCCUGCAGUCCCUCUGCCUCAUGAGUUGCUCUGAUGUCAAUCAGAAACCCAACACCUUGAAGCAGAAGAAUGCUUUCCCCCCCAACUUCAUCCACUCGCUGGACUCCACCCACAUGAUGCUGACGGCCUUGCACUGUCACGAAAAGGGACUGACCUUCGUCUCUGUGCACGACUGCUUCUGGACACACGCGUGCACCGUGGACCUCAUGAACAAGAUCUGCCGGGAACAGUUUGUGAAUCUGCACAGUCAGCCCAUCCUGAAGGAAUUAUCCAAGUACCUGGUACAGAAAUACUGCUCUGGGUUCCUGUCUCGUAAUUCCUUGUCCAGCAACGAGAAGUUGAUGCUAAAGACGCUGUCUCAUGUGCCUGAAAGAGGAGACUUUGAUCUACAGAAUGUGAAGGAAUCCACCUACUUCUUCAGCUAAAGAUGGCUCUGAGCAUGUCAGACACCCCCGAGCCUGGGAGGGCCCAUUCUGGAGGCUGGGGUUCAGAGGACCCUUGGCAGGAGUGUAGCUGGAUCAGGAGGAUCGGGGCUGUGAGCCCUCCAGGAGUCCAUCCUGGCUCCGGCCAGGGGCCGGCUGAGCUGGCCGGGAGCAGCCACAUCCCCUCCCAUGGUUCAGAGAGGAGGGGGCUUGUUCCUCCAGCGCUCAGGCUGGCGGGGGCUGAGCAAGGGGCUUGCCAGCUCUGGUCGACCUCCCCGGCCCCAUCCCUUACUCACCAACUUCCUGGCCCUGCAGUUGCCCCUGGGCUCCAGGCCUGCUGAGGAGUUAGGACUAGACAGGAAGCCCCUUCUUUCAGGAGGACUGUAGGAUUUUCCAUACUUUUCCAUGGACCCGUUUGUCCAUCCUGAGCAUCCAGAAUUCUCUGGCCCGUGUACAGUAGUGUAAAUAAAAAUCUGUUCACCUCA